AUGCAGGAGUGCACGCAAGAAUGCCCGCAGGAGUGCCCGCAGGAGUGCCCGCAGGAAGCCUUCCGAGCCCAGAGGAGCCGGCUGGUGGGGCUGCUGGGCGCAGGGUCCCAGGAGGGCUUCGAGCAGGUCCUGGACCGGCUGCUGGCCCACGACGUGCUGUCCUGGGAGGACUAUGAGGGCCUGCGCGGCCCGGGGCAGCCCCUCUCGCACGCCGCCCGGCGCCUCCUGGACACCGUGGGGAGCAAGGGCGCCUGGGGCUGCGAGCAGCUGCUGGCGGCCGUGCGGGAGGCGCAGGCCGACGGCCGGGCCCCUGAGCCGCGUGGCCGCUGGGACCCCCGCGCGCCCCAGCCGGCCCGGGAGCUGCGGUGCCACCGGCCGGCCCUGGUCCGCAGGCUCCACGGCCACGUGGAGGGCGCGCUGGACCUGGCGCAGGCCCGGGGCCUGGUCAGCCCGUAUGAGUGUGACGAGAUCCGGCUGCCCAUCUUCACCGCGGCCCAGCGGGCACGGCGGCUCCUGGACCUGGCCGCGGUGAAGGCCAACGGGCUGGCCGCCUUCCUCCUCCAGCACGCGGAGGCGCUGCCCGCUCCGCUGGCCCUCUCUGUCGAAGACGCCGCGUGCCAGAAGUUCACGGCCAAGCUGCGGUCCACGGUGUCGGCCCAGGCGCGCUUCCUGAGCUCCUACGACGGGGCGGAGAGCCUGUGCCUGGAGGACGUGUACACGGAGACCGCGCUGGAGCUGGGGGCGGAGGCGGGCGGGCCCGGCGCGGCCACCCUGGGCCUGGAGGCCCUCUUCAGCGCCGGCGCCUCCCGCAACGCCGACGCGGACACCGUGCUGGUGGUGGGCGAGGCGGGCAGCGGCAAGACCACGCUCCUGCAGCGGCUGCACCUGCUGUGGGCCUCGGGGCGGGCCUUCCGGGAGUUCCUGCUGGUCUUCCCCUUCAGCUGCCGGCAGCUGCAGCGCCUGGCCGGGCCCCUGUCCGUGCGCGCCCUGCUCUUCGAGCACUGCUGCUGGCCGGACCUGGGCCGGCAGGCCGUCUUCCAGUUCCUCCUCGCCCACCCCCACCGCGUGCUCCUCACCUUCGACGGCUUCGACGAGUUCCCGCACCGCUUCACGGACGAGGCGGCCGCCGAGCGGCACUGCUCCCCGACCGACCCCACGUCCGUGCAGAGCCUGCUCUUCAACCUCCUGCAGGGCAACCUGCUCAAGGACGCCCGCAAGCUGCUGACCAGCCGCCCGGACGCCGUGUCCGCCGCCCUCCGCCGGCACCUGCGGGCCGAGCUCCUCCUCCGCGGCUUCUCCGAGGACGGCAUCGAGCGGUACCUGCGGAAGCGCCACCGGGAGCCGGGCGUGGCCGACCGCCUGGUGCGCCUGCUCCGGGCCGCCUCCGCCCUGCAUGGCCUGUGCCACCGGCCCGUCUUCGCCUGGAUGGUGUCCAAGUGCCACCGGGAGCUGCUGCUGCAGGCCGGGGGCUCGCCGCGGACCACCACGGACAUGUACCUGCUGAUCCUGCAGCACUUCCUGCUCCGCGCCGGCCCGCCGGACGCCGCCCCCCACGGCCCGGGGCCCGGCCUGCUCCGGGCCAGGCUGCCCGCCCUCCUGCACCUGGGCCGCCUGGCGCUCCGGGGCCUGGGCGCCAGCUGCUACGUGUUCUCGGCCGCGCAGCUGCAGGCGGCGGGCGUGGACGGGGCGGACGUCUCCCUCGGCUUCCUGGUGCCCGCCAAGAGCAGCGUGGCGCCCGCCGGCCCGCCGCCCCUGGAGUUCCUGCAUAUCACCUUCCAGUGCUUCUUCGCCGCCUUCUACCUGGUGCUGGGCGCCGACGUGAGGCCGUCCUGGCUCCGGCACCUCUUUAACGGCCGCCCGCCGACAGGCAGCUCGCUGCUGGCCCGGCUGCUGCCUGCGCUGUGUGUGCGGGGCCCGCCGGGCGAGGAGGAGGAGGAGGAGGAGGGAGAGGAGGAGGAGGAGGGCGGCGUGGAGGCCUGGCUGCGGCGGGCCGAGCCGCACAACCUGCAGAUGACGGCCGCCUUCCUGGCGGGGCUGCUGUCCGGGGAGCACCGGGGCCUGCUGGCCGCCUGCCAGGCGUCCCAGAAGGCCCUGCUGCGGCGCCGGGCCUGCGCCCGCCGGUGCCUGGCCCGCAGCCUCCGCAGGCACUUCUGCGCCAUCCCGCCCGCCCUGCCCGGCGAGGCCAAGAGCGUGCACGCCCUGCCCGGCUUCCUCUGGCUGGUGCGCAGCCUGCACGAGCUGCGGGAGGAGCGGCUGGCGCGCCGGGCCGCGCGGGGCCUGGACGUGGGCCACCUCAAGCUGACCUUCUGCGGCGUGGGCCCCGCCGAGUGCGCCGCCCUGGCCUUCGUGCUGCGCCACCUGCGGCGGCCCGUGGCCCUGCAGCUGGACCACAACGCCGUGGGCGACGUGGGCGUGGAGCAGCUGCUGCCCUGCCUGGCGGUCUGCAAGGCUCUGUACCUGCGAGACAACAACCUCUCGGACCGCGGCGUCUGCACGCUCGCCGAGCACGCCCUGCGCUGUGAGGAGCUGCAGAAGCUGGCUUUAUUCAACAACAAGCUGACGGACGGCUGUGCCCAGGCCCUGGCGCGGCUCCUGAAGUGCCGACAGAACUUCCUGGCGCUGAGGCUGGGGAACAACCGCAUCACAGCGGCGGGGGCUCAGGUGCUGGCCCGGGGGCUCAGGGACAACUCCUCGCUGCAGUUCCUGGGGUUCUGGGGCAACGAGGUGGGGGACACGGGGGCGCAGGCCCUGGCGGAAGCCCUGGGCGACCACCAGAGCUUGAGGUGGCUCAGCCUGGUGGGGAACCGCAUUGGCAGUGUGGGCGCCCGAGCCUUAGCCUCGAUGCUGGAGAAGAACGUGGCCCUGGAGGAACUCUGCCUGGAGGAGAACCAGCUUGGGGACGAGGGCGUCUGUUCUCUCGCCGAAGCGCUCUGGAGAAACUCGAGCUUGAAGGUCCUCAAGCUGUCCAACAACAGCGUCACCUGCCGAGGGGCGGAGGCCCUCCUGCAGGCCCUUGAAAGGAACGCCACCAUCCAGGAAGUCUGGCUCCGCGGAAACGCCCUCUCCACAGAGGACAUGGAGGCGCUGGGCCGCAGGGACGCCCGGCUCCUGCUGUGAUGGCUCCGCCCGGGGGUCCCCUCGGGGUGCGUGAGAGCAGCAGGGGGGCCGGGGGCUGGGUGACACCUGCGCCCGCCGACCCACCCGUCUGGACGGAGCCCAGGCCUGCCCGGGCCAGCUCGGCAGCGGCCGUGGCUCUGGCCCAGGGGGACAGCAGUGCCUCACGUGGACGUGUCCAGGGCGUGCGUGGGCAUCCCAGUUCUUCCCACGCGUCACGCUGCACAGAGGAGCAGCCCUCCGUGGCGGGGCGGCCUCCGGCGGGUGCAGAGCACAGGGGCCCACGAGGCCACUGGGAGCCUAUUGGCGUGGGGUCUGGGUCCCUGUGAGAAACCCCUUUCCACGCCUCUCACGAUGGAGGGCGGGGGGCGUGCAGGGAGACACUCUCUUUU